AUGGCGUCUGAGCCCAUGUCCGGCGUCAAGGUUGAGGCACCCAACGUCAAAGUCGAGAUGCCCAACCGUGAUGCUACGUCUCACACCAUCUCAUGUGACCCCAGCACUCUCAAAGAUGAGCUCCUCCAAGCUAUCGAGGGCAUCCAAAUAGCCGGCACUUUUGCAUCAUCUGCCAUCUCAGGUGGCCGGAGCCUGGGCAUCAAUGGAACCAUCAAGGCUGAGCUCUACAAGAUGCUCAUCUACGAAAAGGGUGCCAUGUUCAAGGCACACACUGACACUGAAAAGGUCCCUGGCAUGUUUGGCACACUCGUUAUCAGUUUGCCUUCAACCCACCAGGGCGGAGACGUGGUGCUCAGGCACUGCGGCAAGCAACACGUCUUCAGGUCGUCGGCCCAUGUCCAAUCCUGUGCCUUUUGGUACUCGGACGUGUCACACGAGGUCCUCCCCGUCACCUUUGUCUACCGCUGGGUUCUCACCUACAAUCUGGCCCUUGACCUGGCCCUUGACCCGGCCCAGCCGCGUCCCUCGGCGAGUCUCCUUGGCUAG